AUGCCGCACGCCGGGGCUGCAAACAUUCAGGGUGGAGUGACGGUCGAUCUCCGCGCUCUCUCCGGCGUGCAGGUAAGCGAGGAUCGGGAGACGGUCGUCAUUGGAACAGGCGUGUCCUGGGGGGAGGUCUACAAAGUGCUCUCUCCGCUCAACCUCACUGUAGCUGGGGGAAGAGCCGCAUCAAUAGGCGUCGGGGGGUUUUUGACGGGAGGCGGACUGUCCGCCCUCGGUCCAGCGACAGGAUGGGGGUGCGACAGCGUGCUCGAGUACGAGGUUGUCCUGGCAAGCGGCGGUAUCCUCAACGUGAGCGGAACAUCGCACGCGGAUCUCUUCCUCGCGCUCAAGGGGGGUUCCAACAAUUUUGGCAUCGUCACAAAGUUCACCAUGAAGACAUAUCCCUCCCGCGGCGUCUGGGUUGGCGGCGCUCUCUAUCCUGACAGCGAGAUACCGCGCCAGUCAGAGGCCUACUCGGGCUUUAUGGACCCUGCCAACUUUGAUCCCCGCGCGGACCCGGUCCAGGGGUAUGGGUGGACCGCUGAGCAGAAGACGCUGUUCGUGACAAAUAUACUUCUCUAUACGGAGCCGCGGCUUGAUCCACCUGUCCUGCAGCCUUUCAUGAACAGCUCAGCCGCUGUUUCCCUUACGUCGCAGAUAAUAAGCAUGGCCGACUACGUACAGGAACAAAGCGGCUCGCAACCUCCUGGUCUAAACUACAUCUUCUUCACCACAACAUUCGUCCACAGCCCCUCCAUCUACGCCUCGAUCGUAUCCAAAUUCAACAGCUCCAUCCCCGCCAUCUCCUCCGUCAAGAAUCUGAACUGGUACAUGGCCUUCCAGCCAAGCCCAGCAUUGCACGGGCAAAACAGUCUCGGCCUGGACCCCCAGGACAACGGCUGA